AUGAUUAGUAGUGAUGAAUACGUGAGGACUCGGCUACCACCACAAGACGUCCAUGAAGACCCGGCUUCUCUUCUCCAAGAAGCUCUCUCUCAUGUUCUUGUCUAUUACUACCCUCUCGCCGGAAAACUUCACCGGCGUUCCCACGACCAUAACCUAGAGUUGAAGUGCACUCCCGCAGACGGAGUUCCCUUUGUUAAGGCGACUUCCGAAUGCACUCUUGCUUCUCUCAACUAUUUGGAGGACAUUGAUGAAGCCUUAUACCAACUUGUACCUUUUGACGAAGCUGUGAUGACCUCUGGUGGUUACAACGUUUUCGCUCUCCAAAUCACUCUCUUUGCUUGCGGAGGGAUCACUCUUGGAACGGCUCUCUCUCAUUCCCUCUGUGAUGGUUUUGGUGCGUCUCAGUUUUUCAAAGCCUUAACUGAGUUCGCCGCAAAAAAGACACAGCCUAGCAUCAUCCCCGUUUGGGACAGACAUUGCCUCACCUCUAACAACUUUAACUUGAACGGGCAAGUGGAGGAGGAACAAGCUCCCAAGCUGGUUGAUUUCGUGGAAGCUUGCUCUACGGUGGCAACUUCUCCCUACACACCAACUCACGAUAUGGUCUGUGAGAUCCUUAACGUCACAUCCCAAGACAUCACUCAACUCAAGAAGAACAUUUCUGAGGAGGUGACGACUCUAGAGAUUCUUGCGGCCACGUAUGGAAAGCAAGGUGUCUAG